AUGAACCCUAGGACGCUUUUUGUUCAUCAAGGUACAAAACUGUGUUUUGGAAGCAUUAAACUGUACAAGAUUGUUGCGUCCCCAAGCAGUGGUAACCUACAGGCCUCUCGUCAGAGAGGAAGUCGCUGGUAGUCUUCUUUUGUCCAGCUCGCACUGUAAGAGAUAGGCUUGUGGUCCAGCAUGUAGAGUGCUGUCAUCAGCAAAGCUGUUGGAUGGAUGGAUGAACCGAGCAGAAGGGUGGGUCGUUGAUAUUUAAGAGGAACUUGUUUGCACAAGUCUAAACCCAGCCAGCAAGGACACGUAUAUUUCACGUGAAAUCAACGUACCUCUUUACGUAGUAUUCACGGCCCUAUUCGACGUGGAAAGUCCGUUGAAUUUGUGGGCGAAAUAUCAGAUAGAAUCAACGUCAUUUUCUUACAGCGAUUCCACGUGAUUUAUACACGUAGUUUCCACAUAGAAUCGACGUUACUUUUUGAUGACGAUUUCACGUGAUCUACAUACGUCGUUUCCAUACCUCUUUUCGACGUGGAAAGUCCGUUAAUUUAUGGGCGAAGUGUGAGAUGGAAUCGACG